AUGCUGCCUAAUAACCGGCUGCGGCAGCUGUUCUAUAGAAAACUGUUUGUAUACCCGGGGGCCAUCCACCCGCACUGGCAGCUGCCGCAGGUGGUAGUGCCGGCGCUGCCGCCUCCUAAGGCCCCUCACUGCCCCUUCUCUUUGACGCUUGCAUCACCAGAAGAUGCAGCGGAAAGACUAAGACAACUUAAUGAACUGAAGGCAUCUGUAGAGGCGGAGGCCCAGGGCGCAUGA